AUGCUCAAUGGUUUGCUAUUACAAGCAGCUCUUGUUGUUGGUACCAUCCUGGCAAUGCCUCAACUGCUCGGGAAUGGCGAUGAUUGGUGGAAGUUGUACGCCUUGGAAAUGGCCAUCACUACGAUUGUCAUGAUUCUCGUAAGAUUCAUCCACGAAACCCCAGGUUAUCUUCAUGGCAAUGAUGAACAUCGUACUGAACGUGCUGUACGAUUCUAUCACAACAUUAGUGGCGAUGCAUUGCAAUCAAGGUUGGAACAGUUGGAUCAGGACACUACUGAAGUCCAACGAGUCGGGCUUUUUUCUAUAUGGAAAAACCCGAUGGCUCGACUUGGAACUCUUGUAGGUGGAGUAGUUGGAGUGUCAAUGGUCAUGAGUGGAAUAGCAGCCAUAAAUGCUUUCUCAUUUGAAAUGUUCCUAUCAGCUGGUUUGACCGUUCAACAGGCUUCAUUUGGUAAUAUAGCCGUCUGUUUAACUAGUGUGUUCGGAACAUUGUUCUCGGCUCUGAUUGUUGAUCGCGUUGGUCGUCGUCUAUUACUUCUUAUUACAUAUGGUUUGCUAGCUGCCACUAAUCUCAUCAUUGCUGGAUUGAUGUUCGGCUUUCAGCGAGCGCAGGUGUGA